AUGAAAACUAUGGUAGAGGUUAUGCGAUCGACCGGAAAUGCAACGGCUGCUUCGGGUGAAUCACACGAAGGAAUUAAACAAUAUUACAUCCAAAAAAUAGAAGAACUUCAGUUAAACGUGGCGGAAAAGAGUCAAAACCUACGUCGUCUACAAGCGAAACGAAACGAAUUGAAUGCGAAAGUUCGUAUGUUACGCGAAGAAUUACAAUUACUGCAAGAACAAGGUUCAUUAGUUGGUGAAGUGGUUAAAGCCAUGGAUAAGAAGAAAGUUCUUGUUAAAGUUCAUCCUGAAGGUAAAUUUGUUGUUGAUCUCGAUAAAAAUAUCGACAUGGCCAAAGUGACUCCAAGUUGUCGUGUGGCAUUGAAAAACGAUAGUUAUACAUUACAUAAGAUUCUACCAAAUAAAGUUGAUCCGUUAGUUAGUUUGAUGAUGGUGGAAAAAGUUCCUGAUUCGACCUAUGAAAUGGUUGGUGGUCUCGAUAAACAAAUAAAAGAAAUCAAAGAAGUUAUUGAACUACCAGUGAAACAUCCAGAACUAUUCGAUGCAUUAGGCAUUAGCCAGCCUAAAGGUGUGCUACUUUACGGUCCGCCGGGUACUGGUAAAACUCUCUUAGCUCGAGCAGUCGCACAUCAUACUGAGUGCACGUUCAUUCGUGUCUCGGGCUCUGAAUUGGUGCAGAAAUUCAUUGGCGAAGGUUCACGUAUGGUCCGUGAGUUGUUCGUGAUGGCUCGUGAACACGCUCCGUCGAUUAUCUUCAUGGAUGAAAUUGAUUCGAUCGGUUCGACACGUGUGGAAGGCAGUUCAGGUGGUGAUAGUGAAGUUCAAAGAACAAUGCUAGAAUUACUCAAUCAAUUAGAUGGUUUUGAACCGAAACAAAAUAUCAAAGUGAUUAUGGCGACAAAUCGUAUUGAUAUUCUCGAUCCAGCACUUUUACGUCCAGGACGUAUCGAUCGUAAAAUUGAGUUUCCCGCACCUGGUGAAGAAGCUCGACUCGAUAUUCUAAAAAUCCAUUCUCGUAAAAUGAACUUAACGCGUGGCAUUAAUCUACGAAAAAUCGCCGAAAUGAUGCCGGGCGCAUCUGGCGCCGAAGUUAAAGGCGUGUGUACUGAAGCCGGAAUGUAUGCACUUCGUGAACGCCGUGUACAUGUAACUCAAGAAGAUUUCGAAUUAGCGGUUGCUAAGAUCAUGCAGAAAGAUUCCGAAAAGAACGUCUCAUUGAAAAAACUUUGGAAGUGA